CCAUAGCCUACUGGAUUAUUCGUUUCGUUGUUUGUUUGGGUUAGGGUUAGGUUUGCGCACUAGCAGUGCGUUUUGAUUAGGAAAAUGGCGCGAUGGUGGUGUAAUUAUAAGAUAGUAUCGUAUUUUAUUGUAAUCUUUUGUAUUUCAUCGAUCACUCCAGCUAAACUAAAUGUACCUCGAGUGUUACUUCCUCUUUUUCAACGAUUCUCAACAAACUUCACAUUGGAAGUAUCUGAAAAUGGUUGUUAUAAAUGGACAUCCUCUCGGCCUGACAUCGUACAAGUUAUACCAAUUGAAGUUGAUGACGUUCACCAUUGUUCCAUCAAAGCAGUUGUGUCUGCUAUUACAAAAGAGCCAAUAAGGAAUACAGUGAUUGUACUGGCCGAAGAGGUCAGAACAGGUUUUGUUCUGAGAUGUGACGUGAUAGUUGAUGUUAUAACAUCCUUAAAUAUGGUGACAACCACAAGAGAACUAUUUAUGGAAGAAGCUCCGGAAAUGUUUGAGGUCCGUGCUGACGAUAACCAAGGAAACAAGUUCACAACGCUGGAAGGUGUUGAGUUUCAGUGGAGCAUUGAAAACUUGGCGCAGUCUCAGUCUGCCAACCAGGUGCUCCGGUUCAUCACAUUCAUUGACUCACCAUAUGAAACUCCAACAACUGUUGCCAAGUUUGAUUCUCUUGGACUGAGAGGCCACAAAGUGUUGAUUGAAGGAGUUAAAACUGGAGCUGCUAAAGUAUCCGUUCAGUUACCUCAUCCAGAAUAUAACAAGGUGCCCAAGAUAGAAGUGGUGCUUACCGUGGUGGCCAACCUGCUCUUGGACCCGCCGGACACUCACAUCCUGGCUGGUGACACUGUCAAGUUCCGGCUCUUACAGAUGCAACACGGGCGGCUGGACGAGAUCCCACUGCCAUCGUCCCAGUACGCUCUGGAUGUGGAGGACACAGAAGUUAUUAUUGUGGAUCGCAUAGUAUCAGUAGUGCGUGGUGUAAGCCAGGGUCAGAGCCGCGUUGUGCUGCGUGACCGCCACGGUGAGGGGGCAGGUCCGGGAGUCAAGUUACCUGCUGCUUCAGUUGUUGUCACUCAACCUGCCUACCUGCGCCUGUUCCUGCUGCCACACAAUAACUGGGCAAUCACUGUUGAUGAGCCGUGUUCAAUACAGGUCCAGGUCUUUGACAGAAACAACCAUCGGAUUCACAUCGGAGAUGCAGUGUCAGUGAGAUCGAUGGUGUCUGAGGAAUAUUUUCGAGUGUACAGCAUGACCCGUAAUGGCACAGUAAUCGAUGGCACCACCAUCAAAGUUGGCACUGUCCCAGUAACAGCAACACUAGAGUCUGUUCGUGCCAUCGGAGGUGCAGAAGUCAAGUUCAAACCUGUCAUUUCUGCUCAAGAGGACAUGUUGAUCUAUCCCAGGCUCAUGGUUACACCCAGGCAUGUUGUAGUUCCGUGGGAUCCAAGCUUGACAAAGUAUGAGUUAGAGCUGACAGCGAGUGGGGGAGAUGGUAGUUACAGCUGGCGGUCAAACAACAUCUCAGUGGUGACUGUGUCUCAGUCUGGUGUUGUCAAGUGUAACAAACUCGGGGAGACCAGUGUCAUCGUCUCCAUGCCGAGAAAUCCUGCAAUCAGAGCCACAUCUCGUAUUGACGUUCUGCCACCUUCACACAUGGAAAUCCUCAGUCAUAUUCUAGAAGCUCCGGUUCACAAACCUAUUAUCCUCAAUAUCGUUUUGUAUGCAGACACAGCAGAUGAAAAUGGAAAUUUGAAGAGAGUCCACUUCACACACUGCCAAGAGAUUCAAUUUAAGGUUGAAAUUUCAAAUGCAAACUUCUAUCAGAACGUCACAGAUCACACCAAACCACAGGAUAAAGCUUGUGCAACGGUAGCUGUCGUCGGAAGAACAUUGGGAACAUCAAAAGUGAAGAUUUCCUAUAAAAGUGGUAGUGUUUUGUUGGAAGCGAGCACUGUAGUGGCGUCUUUCAGUCCUGUAGAAGUGAUGCACCCAGAAAAAAUGGUCACAGUCCUCGCUUUAGGCACAUCUAGACAUAUUGUGUGGAAGGGAGGUCCACGAGUUUGGCAAGGUAGGCCAGCAGAACACAAGCGGUCUGUUGCCUCCGAUUCUCCUGCAGUUACAGUGGAAGAGGUCACCAGUAGCACACCGUCGGAGUUCUAUGUCUACUCAGUUAUGUGUAAAGAACUGGGAGAAUCCAAUGUGAUUUUAACCAUUAAAAACAGUGCAUCAAACGGAAACUUCAAACAUACAGAGAGUUCGUCAUGUGUAAAAGUAAUCUGUGCUAAACCACGGUUCAUAUCCUUCUCUCCCGAGAUACUUCCCAAUUCUACUUGCCCUUACAGUACUGAUUCAUCUCGGAUUGUUGCUCUCACCUACGAGCCAAUUAAAAUUUUGGUCACAAUAACUGACCACAAGGGUAGAGUUUUCGAUAACGCAACGAGUCUCCACAUUGAUUGGACUCUGUCGAGUAAGUCUUUGGGCUACAUUCAAUAUGACGGUGUUGUAAUACUAGAAGACAAAAAAGAAUACAACUACUUAAUCCCUCUAGAACAUUAUCAGUACAUCCACCCGAAAAAUCGAACUGGGACACUGACAGUGGAAGGAACUGUGGUUAACUACAGGUUGCAGUUACUCAGUCGCUUACUGAUCAUUCCUGAACACCCAGUUUUUGGUAUUUUAAAUGAUUUGAAAGAGAUAAUCAGUCCUGUGAUAUCCAACUCUCUGACAAUUGUUCUUGUGAAUGCCUCCUCUGUCACACCGGACCGAGCAACAGUCUUUAACCAUCCAAAUAACAAAGUUGUGCUUAAAGUUACUCAGGGGUCAGGGUUCUACAGAGUCUAUCAGAGUUCUCUGGACAUUGCUGACGUGCGCUAUGAGGACAGUUCAAAAUCUGUUGAAGUUAUUCCAAAAACCGAUGGACAUCUGCAAUUGACACUUUUCGAUCUGUGUUUGUCAUACAAGUCUCCUGUUGUGGAAAUUGAAGUAAGUAUUAUUUAAACAUGUUAUUCAAAU